UUCUCGGCGUCCUAAAAAAUGAGGAAUUUUCGGAGAUUUUCCGAGAAAAUCCGCGGGGGGGGAUAUUUUUUGGAGGUGGAAAGCGUUAUUGUCUAUUGUAGAAGGGAUGUGGAUAGUAGGAAAGGAGUAGGCGGUGAAGACGUAUGGUCCGCGGCACCCGGGCCCAGUGUGCGGCGGAGCGCCGUAUCCGGGUGUCGCGGCCAUUGUAGUUGACGGCCGUUGUAGCUAAAUUCAUUCCAGUGUUGAAAGUUUUUAUCAUCUGCACGAAGACUUGACUUACUUUAACAUUUCUUACCUUCUUAGCCGUUUAUCAAUUGAAUUUUGCCAUUUUCUAAGAACGACCAGUGCUCCUUACCCAUUCCUCCUUAAUUUGAAAUGCCAAGCCAUCAUGUGGUGUCUUGUGAGUCAGCCGAACGCAAUCAUAAUUGAAGUGGAAGUAGAUUCAAAGGCGAAAGGACAAGAAUGCCUGGAAAAGGUUUGCUCUUGUCUUGGAAUCACCAACGAAUCGGACUAUUUCGGACUCAAGUACCGCACUGUAAAAGGUCAUGAUGUGUGGAUCAAUCUCCGAAACCCCAUCGAGCGGCAAGUUGUUGGAGUUGCUCCUCACAGAUUUGGUUUACGUGUCAAAUUCUGGGUUCCUCCACACCUCCUGCUUCAAGAGACUACAAGGCAUCAAUUCUAUCUUCAUGCGAAAUCCGAUUUGAUGGAAGGGAAACUAAAAGUAGGCCAAGAAAUUGAGCCUCUGAAGUUGAUUGCCCUCUUGUCUCAAUCAGAGCUAGGAGAUUAUGAGAGCUGCAUAGCACCAAUGCAGAUGUACAAUUCUUGGUGCCAUCAAUUAAAUAUUGAAGCAUCUGAAGAAGAACUUGAAACCAUCGCCGCUUUGCACAAAGAAAUGAAGGGUAUGAAGCAGUCCACCGCUGAGUAUUGGAUUGUGAAGGAAGUCUCAAAUUUACCAAGUUUCGGCGAAGAACUUUUUUUGGGGAAAACAGACAGAAAAUCAGAGUCUGUGUCAGUGGGAGUUGGUCCCCACGGUCUUACUGUCUACCAAGGAACUCGAAAACAACUGAUUCCAUUUACAGCAAUUCGCAGUGCUGCAUCUCAAAAACGAGCUUUCACGCUUUGGUACUUCGAUCAAUUUGCCACCGAAACCACUCUUGAAUUAAAAUUGUCUUCCUCAUUAUCGGCUAAUGAACUCUACAGAGCUUUAACCGAGAAGCAUGCAUUUUAUAGUUGUGAGACUGUGCGAGGGGCUGUAACUUCGCAAUUUAUCAGGGACCUGAAGGGAACGAUUGUCUCAAUUUUCAACGAACACUCACCUCUGGGCAAGAAGUAUGUCUUUGACAUUCAAAGAACAUGUCGAGAGGUUCAUGACAAUGCUCGCCGUGCUUUGUACGAUGCCUCUCAACAAUCAGCAGCUCCCAGCAAAAUUGAGACUCAGUCUAGCAUCGAGCAAAAGAACUCAGAUGCUGAUAAGCUAGCCAGACUCAUGGAUGCUCUCACAUGCAGAAUAUGUAUGGAUAGCAGCAUAACAACAGUAUUUUUCCCUUGCGCCCAUGUUGUUGCCUGUGGAAACUGUGCAAGCAGAUGCGAAGUUUGCCCGCUGUGCCGAUCUCCAAUUAAGGAGUCAAAGCGGGUGUAUUUACCCACAUUGAGCGAUGUCAUAGAACCAAGAAUGAUAUCGAAUAAUUCUUCACUCUCCUCCAUGUCAAGUUUUACAGACUCUUAUAACUCUUCCUUGGAUGAAUUAGAACUUCUUGGUGCAUAACUUUUUUUUAUGUUGAUUUUUAUACUUUUAUAGCCCAUAUUUUUACUUUCUUGGCCCCUCUGUAGGUUCCAAAGCUAUUGUUGUUCCCUCUCCCCAAAAAUUUGUUAGCUCCAUUAUUUCCAAAUAUUUAAAGGUCCCUUGCAGAGAGUGUAAAGGAUUAGAGAUUCCACUGGACAAGCAAAACUUGAAACAGAAGUUUGUCGUUAACUGAAGAUAGGGAAAGUAACCAGAAGAUUGCGCUUGCAUUACAAAUUGCAAAGUGGCAAGCGAAUUCCUAUUAUAUUUCCCGUAACCCAAUAUUAUAAGAGUUUCUGAACUUGAAAAGCCCAAUUUUAUAAAUUUGUGUCAAGUUAGGCAAAAAGAUGACAAAUUAAGAUGAAACAUGAAACAAAUGAAGCAGCAAAACUGUCUAUUUCUUGUGCAGUGCUCAGGAAAGGUGUUAUAGAGGCUCUGUCUUCAUUUCUUUAUUUCAAAGGCUGCCUCAGCUCCAAGAAAUAAUAGUUGCCUUCAGUCUCUCUUGCAUUCCUUUCUGCUACAGCAGAAAUGCAAGAGUUGUAUGAAAAACUGCAUAUCUGAGCUAGUGCGGCAGCAGUUUACUUGGGGCUAAACAGAAAAAAAAACAGAAGUCAAGUGUGUCAAUAGAUUGUAUUCGAUAAGGGUUCGAUGUAUCGUUUAGUUCAAAACAAUAGAACAUAACCUCACACGAAAAUUUUAAGAUUUAAGUAGGAAAAAUUAAAAUUAAGAAAAUUCCUAAUAAUUUCACUUUUAAUCGCCCCUUUAUACUCAAAAAAAUAAAAAAUCUAUCACAAGUUACGCGUUCCCCCAGAUUAGUCAAUUGACUUUUGAGGCUGUGUUUAAACGUUGAACUAAUCGAUAUCGACAUAAUCUCAUCUGUUUGAUGUAUCAAAUAUGAUCUAUAGUGCGUGUUGUAAGAGCUUCUGUUUCAAGUCUUAAAGCAUUAAGUUGAAUCUCAACCCUCUAUACUCACGGGUCAAUCAAUGCCACAUUCCUACUCUUGAUCACAAUAUCAAUAGGCACCAAUAUGCAAAACGUUUAUUGUUAAAUUUCAUUCUGAAGUGGCGCAGAGGAUCUUCAUCUCAAGCAGCUUCCUAAAUUUAAAGCUUGCAAAAUUAAUUUGAAAUUUCUUGUGUGUAUUGUUUUUGUGAAUUUUUGAAGAGCAAAAAUGAUCGUAAAAAGCUUUAGUUCAUGUUCUAUGUAUUGACCUUUUAAAAAUUUAGGUGUUGGUCACUCACUGCUCAGAAUCAUAUGAUCUUUGAAUUCAAAGUGUAAUGCAAAGAGUGUAUGAAAUUCCUCUUUAAAGUCUUUUAUCCACUGUCUUCCAACUUUUUCCCGUUUCUAAAUAGGACUAAGUGAUUAAAGUUUUUUUCAUAAGUGAUCGCCAAGCUGAAACUGUAAGCCGUGUAUUUCCUGCCAAAAAUACACUAAAACUUAGUGCAAUAAUUGAUUUCUUCAUCCAAGUAAUUGUAAAUUUAAACUAUUCUGUUCAAAUCAAGGAAUUAUUUAUGAAAUAAUUUUAAAUUCAUUCUUAUUCUCUCAAUUUUUAGUGUUUGUUCCUAAUUUACUUGUUCUCCACUCCAAUCAGAGUGGAAGGAAAAUUAGGGAGCCUGAGAGUUGUCAUGCUGAAAUAGACAGUCAGGCUGUGGAGGUAUACUUUUGAAUAGAGUUAUCUUCGGAGAUAGUAGUACUUAGGAUGUUAUCCCAGUGUUCUUCAACACUUCACUUUUUCUUACUCCCUCUCUUUCCUCACAGUACCCCCACAACACAGAUUUAAUCUCUUCUUCAUGAGUAAAGUUGAAUGGUAUAUACAUACAGGACCCCCUCUACAAGUUUUAUCACGAAGACAAUUUAACCAUUUUUCUUUUUUACUUUUCUGAAUCUUUUACCUUUUCUAACCUUUGAUUCAACUCACUCCCUUUCCGCAUAGCAUACUUCGGUAUACUUCGGUACAAUAUAUGCAGAUCCCCUCUCCCUCCUUGUCAGUAAGGUACCUAUUACUCAUUGAGCACCUUGAGACAAACCAUCAAGUGUUAUGUGAUGGGCAGACCUCAGUCAAAUAACCUAUCGCAGUCUGUUGGCAUUAUAAAAUCAAGUUCAAGUCCAAUGUAUAAUAGGUGAUGAUUUUCUUAACCUUUUCUGAAGGUAUCUCGUUUUGGCUCAAAGCUCCCGCAAUCUCUUCUUGCUGGUUUGCACAGCCAGUAAAAUGUUAAAUUUUGCUUUUAUUUUUUCCUCCAGAACUGCAGCUAAACAUUGUUCAACAAAUAUCUCUUUAUUCUUCUUUUAUCUUUUUAGCAACUCUCCCUCCUAUGAAAGUAUUAAAUGUUUGUACAAUUUGAAGUAUUGAUGUAAACAUUAGGUUUUUUCAGUAAGCCUCACAUGAACAAGAUUUUAAUCGUUAACCACACCUGUACCUAUAUUUUGUUCAGUUAAAACAGGCUUUUGAAUAGUUGGAAGAAGAGGCAAAAUAAAAUACAUUUAGCCCAUUUGAAUCCAGGAGAAUAAAAACGCACAAACUCGGAAACUUAAAAAUUCCCAAAUUUCAUUGAAGAUGCCUAAUAUUCUUAAAAGCCAUUGAAGAUGGGGCAUCUAUGUCAACUUGGGCCUUUAAAGUGUCCUGGAGUAAUUUUCCUUUUGCACCAAAAAGCUUUUUCUUAAACCAGCUUCUUCACCGACUGCGUAGUUUUUUUGUCUCUUGAACAUUUUCCUUUUUCCAAGUAGGUGCGUUUUCAUUCUCACCGUCUCAUUUAUAGAAUCUUUACAGUCACAGGUGCUGGUUGUUUGACCCUUAAAAAAAGGGAUAGCAUAGUAUUUUUAUAUCUCCGAUAGACAGUAUUUUACGUUUUACUGGUCAGCUUUUGCAAAUGUAUUAAAAAGAAUUAGUAGAGUCUUAAUAUGAGGGUCAAUGAGUCUUUCCAGACGUUUUUAUUUUAAGUUUUUUAUUUAUUUAUAUAUUUUUUUACCAAUCAUUACUUUCUUUUCUCUUUCAAAAAUUUUAUUGGACUUUAACUAAAAACCAUAGUUUCAAUGUGAUAUUCCAAUAACAAGUGACAGUACAUUGUUUAUUCACUUUGGUGAAGGAAAUAAUGACAAUGUCUGCAAAUAACAGCUUUUGAAACCUGAAUAUCACUUGCGGACUAAGUAGUGCUGUAAUUCAUAAUUUUGAUCUCAUAAUCUGAUCAUCUUGAAUGUUAGGCCCUUUCCUAAAAUUUUGGUAAAAUCUGAGGUUCUUUGAAAUGAACUGAAAACGUUUUUUGUUAUCAACAAUAACUUUUCCUAGUCUUCUUCACCAUUAUUUUUUAUUUUUCAAUUAUUUUAAGAAAUUUUUACUUUAAGUAUCAUAGAUUUAAUGUAGCUAGCUGUUUUUUUUUUCUUUACCUUGGCUGUGGCAGUUUUUAUUUUAAGUUUUUUGUCCUCGCACGAUAAUUUUGCGAGCAAUAUUUUCUAGCCAUAGCUUAAAUCAUUGGGGAUUUUCCCAAAGGUUUUUUUCUCUUUUUUUAAUUUUUUUUCAAACUCUCUGUUUGUAAUUCUUAAACUGAUAAGCAUUUGGGGACUUUUUUUUUUUUUCAGUGUAUUCAGCUGAAGAGAGUUUAGUUCUCAUGUAAACUAAAAUCAGAACAUUAAUGUCUUCUCAGUUACCAACAAUUAUUGUUUUCCGUAUUAUUCUUUAUUUUUGUAAGUUAAUCCAAAAGUAGCUGUCUCUGUUAGAUUUAUUAAAGCCAUAUCUUUUAAAAUUUUAA